CUCCCCCAUAUUAUUGGUGAAUAAGCUAAAAAAAAGUAUCUCCAUCACCCUCCAACCAUUGAGCUCGAUCCUAGCCUUCAUUUUUUAGAGAGAAGCUCUAAAUUAUCAUCUCCAUUGCUGAAAUUCGAGCUCAAGCCAAGGUGGUUCAAGGAUAGAGAUUAAAGAAGGAAAAAGAUAGGAAAAGUGUGAAGGAUUAAGAGCUUUUACGGAUUUGAAAGAGUCACCGAAGUUUAUCACCAGAGUUUCACAAAGAUCGCCAGAGCUUCGCCAGAAGUUCAACCAAGGAGGGUAUAACUUCAUAAGCUUCAUUUAAGUCAAACGGGCGUUGAGCGUCAAGUCAAAGGGGACACCCGAUCGGAUAUGGGUAAAUACCCGACCGGGUAUUACCUAAAAAUGGCUCCAGGAACCACUGCCUCGCCAUACCCGACCAGAUCAGAUCAGAAAAAUUCAAAUCAAAUUAGAUCAGAUCAGAAAGAUUCAGACCAGAUUAGAAAGAUUCAGAUCAGAUCAGAUCAGAAAGAUUCAGAUCAGAUCAGAUCAGAAACAUUCUCAUUAGAUCAGAUCAGAUCAGAAACAUUCAGAUCAGAUCAGAAACAUUCAGAUCAGACCAGAAGCAUUCAGAUCAAAAAUAUAUGUGCCACGUGGCUGUUGUACAAGCGGCAACGGCGACGAUACUAGCGGGGCAACUAUAUAUUGGCAGUCGCGAUCGCUAGGGGUUCUAGACGCAUUGCUUAAUUAUCUAUUUAUAUAUAAGAAAACAAAUAGCUCAUCUAAAGACAAUUUUAACCUUAAUGAAGCCUACAUGUCUUUCUACCCACAUUUUUCUUCUCUCACUCCUUAAUGCCACGUGGCAUUUUUUUUCUAAGCCCUUAGCUACUCACAAAGAAAUGAGAUGGUGCUCUCUCUUCUUAAAAAUCCC